ACGCGCAGACGCUAUUGGUAGGACUCAUGGGACCGGGGAGAGGGAGGAGGUGGAGCCUUGGGAUGGUGGACGUACUGAGUCGGGGGGCUCGGAGGCUGCUGAGGCGCUAGCCGGGCUGCGCAUCCUGCAUGUUUUGCGCUCGAUGGAGAUUCCCUUCCGGGAGGCGCGCCCAGAAAACGGAGCCGGGCUGGUCCCAGCCGACAACUCGGCCCCUCACAAAGAGGAGCUUAGCUUCAAGAUUAAAGAACAAAAAAUUGUUGUGGAUGAACUUUCUAACCUGAAGAAACACAGGAAAGUAUAUAGGCAACAACAGAACAGCAACAUAUUCUUUCUUGCAGACCGAACAGAAAUGCUUUCUGAAAGCAAAAAUAUAUUGGAUGAGCUGAAAAAAGAAUACCAAGAAAUAGAAAACUCAGAGAAGAACAAAACCAAGAAAUAGUCAACUUGACUUCACAUAACAAUGUGUGGCAUUUGUUGUUCUGUAAGCUUUUCCGUUGAACAUUUUAGCGAAGAUUUGAAGGAGGAUUUACUCUAUAAUCUUAAACGACGGGGACCACAUAGUAGCAAACAAUUGUUAAGGGCUAAUGAAUACUACCAGUGUUUAUUUUCUGGUCAUGUGCUUCACUUAAGAGGUGUUUUGACUGCUCAGCCUCUGGAAGAUGAGAGAGGCAAUGUGUUUCUGUGGAAUGGAGAAGUCUUUAGUGGAAUAAAGGUUGAAGCCAAAGAGAA